CCCGGACUCCUCGUUUCGGCUCAGAACCAGAUAAAACAAGAUGGGUAAAGGCUGUUUGACAGUGUGUAAAUACUUCCUGUUCCUCUUCAACAUCAUCUUCUUUCUGUUUGGCACCGCCCUCGUGGGCUUUGGACUCUGGCUGCUCCUGGACAAUCAGAGCUUCAUCGUUGUCCUCAAUGACUCCACACACGUGAAGUUGGCGUGUUACGUCCUGAUCGCCGUCGGAGCCUUCUCCAUGCUCCUGGGUUUCUUCGGCUGCCUGGGAGCCAUUUACGAGGUCCGCUGCCUGCUCGGCCUGUAUUUCACCUGCCUCCUGCUGAUCCUCCUCGCUCAGAUAGCAGCCGGCGUUUUCAUCUAUGUGCAAAAAACAACGCUGGAUGAUGGGAUGUGGGAGAUCACCAGGAAGGUGAUGGACAACUAUCCUGGGAACUCCUCCAGUGUGGAGCAGGCCUGGGACUUCAUCCAGAAGAACAUGCAGUGCUGCGGGUGGCGGGGCUCCGAGGACUGGUUCACUAAUGGGGUCAUCCGCAGCAGCGAGCAGCAGCUGUUUCCCUGCUCCUGUCAGAACCUCACCCUCGCCUCCAGGAACGCCUCCGACAGCGGCUUCUGCGAGGCCUCCGCUGACAACUGGCCCGUCUACCAAGUGGGGUGUGCCGCCAGCGUGAAGAACUGGUUCCUCACCAACAUCGGGGUGGUCCUGGGCAUCUGCAUCGGAGUGGCUUUUAUCGAGCUGCUCGGGAUGAUUCUGUCCAUCUGCCUAUGCAAACACAUCGGAUCAGAGGAUUACACUCAAGUGCCAAAGUACCAAUGAGAUCCGGACUCACUGGUCCAGGUGUAAAGUUAAAGGAUUCCCUUUGGUUUUAAUAAAUGUUUCUUGUUUUUGUCAGCCUAGUUUUCUUUAAGCACUUUAGAAUGUUGUUAUUUUGUUUAGGUUUGAACUCCAGAUCAGAGCGAUGCUGAAACCAAAAGAGAGAUUUCUAAAGUAACUGUGGCUUCCAGCUUUAGUUUCCCUUUCAAACGAUUGGCUUUUUGUCUGAAAACUGAAGGUCUGACAGGUUCAGUGUGUUUUCCUUUUUAUACACCAGUGUUCGGAGUAUUUGUGAUAAGUUUUUAAGAUUUUGUAAAUAAUUUUAGUGAUUACUUGUACGGUUUUGAUUCUACCAAACCUUUCUGAUGAUGUUUUGUUUUUAACCGUCUGGUCUCCAUGAGUUAUGAAGCAGUUUGACCUUCAGGGUUUUAUUUUAACUGACAUAAAUCUUCUUGUUCCUGGAACUSUUCUAGUUUACAACUGCAGCCGAUAUAAGCUUAACAAACCAGCUGAACUCCUAAAAUACAAAUAAUUUUUGUUUCAAACUAAAGUCACCUGAUGGAAACAGAUGUGUUUAUCUCCACUUCCUUCUGUCAGCAGGUGUAACCUGGUGGUUUGUGGGUGAAAAGGGUCUGUCUGGUGUUGUUAAUGCAUACUCACUUUGUUCUGUUUCAUUUUGUCRAUAAACUCAUUAAAAUCCUCUGA